UCCAUUGGAUGACUACAUUUAAGCCCGAAGCUGAGCUACCUGAACGCAGCUGAUUUAAAGAGCUGGAAAGCAAGUACAUGCAGAAUCAUCACGUCCCUGGACUCAUUUUGGAAUGACUUCUGAACUGCAUGUAUAUUACCUCUGACUCAGGUGAUGCAACUAAAAACCGGCUCCCCCUCAUAUGCAUGGCACACACCAGCACCCAGGUGUGCAGUAAGAGAAGCCCACAAGCAUGGGUUCUGAGACGCUUGUGGCUUUUCGUUCUUGGAACUCAUUGCUGUUACUGGUGGUCUUCACGUGUGCUGAAGCAUCAUCUGAUGCAAAUGAGUCUUCAAAUUCCACUGCCCAGCAGGCACCUGAUGCUCGGUUUGCAGCUUCUAGCUCAGACCCAGAUGAAAGGAUUUCUGUUUUUGAACUGGAUUAUGAUUAUGUGCAAAUUCCGUAUGAGGUCACCCUCUGGAUACUUCUAGCAUCUCUUGCAAAAAUUGGUUUCCAUCUUUACCACCGACUGCCCCAUCUCAUGCCGGAAAGUUGCCUUCUCAUUAUUGUAGGGGCACUGGUGGGCAGUAUCAUCUUUGGUACCCACCACAAAUCACCUCCGGUCAUGGAUUCAAGCAUCUACUUCCUCUAUCUCCUUCCACCCAUUGUGCUGGAGAGUGGCUACUUCAUGCCCACACGACCCUUCUUUGAGAACAUCGGCUCCAUCCUGUGGUGGGCAGGCCUGGGGGCCCUGAUCAACGCCUUUGGCAUUGGCCUCUCCCUCUUCUUCAUCUGCCAGAUCAAGGCCUUUGGCCUCAGUGACAUCAACCUGCUGCAGAACCUGUUGUUUGGCAGCCUGAUCUCAGCUGUGGACCCUGUUGCGGUCCUGGCCGUGUUCGAGGAGGCGCGUGUGAAUGAGCAGCUCUACAUGAUGAUCUUUGGCGAAGCCUUGCUCAAUGAUGGCAUCAGUGUGGUCUUAUACAAUAUAUUAAUUGCCUUCACUAAGAUGCAUAAAUUCGAAGACAUAGAACCUGUUGACAUUUUGGCUGGUUGUGCUCGAUUCAUCAUCGUGGGGUGUGGGGGAGUGUUUUUUGGCAUCAUUUUUGGAUUUAUUUCUGCAUUUAUCACACGUUUCACUCAGAAUAUCUCUGCAAUUGAGCCUCUCAUCGUCUUCAUGUUCAGCUAUCUGUCUUACUUAGCAGCUGAAACGCUCUACCUCUCAGGCAUCCUGGCAAUCACAGCCUGUGCAGUGACAAUGAAAAAGUAUGUGGAAGAAAAUGUGUCUCAGACAUCCUACACAACCAUCAAGUACUUUAUGAAGAUGCUUAGCAGCGUCAGCGAGACCUUGAUCUUCAUCUUCAUGGGCGUGUCCACCAUUGGGAAGAACCAUGAAUGGAACUGGGCUUUCAUCUGCUUCACUCUGGUCUUCUGCCAGAUUUGGAGAGCCAUUAGCGUGUUUGCUCUCUUCUAUGUCAGUAACCAGUUUCGGACUUUCCCCUUCUCCAUCAAGGACCAGUUCAUAAUCUUCUACAGUGGUGUGCGAGGAGCUGGAAGUUUUUCACUAGCAUUUCUGCUUCCUCUGUCUCUUUUCCCUAGGAAGAAAUUGUUUGUCACUGCUACCUUAGUAGUUACAUACUUUACUGUAUUUUUUCAGGGAAUUACAAUUGGUCCUCUGGUCAGGUACCUGGAUGUUAGAAAGACCAAUAAGAAAGAAUCCAUCAAUGAGGAGCUUCACACUCGCCUGAUGGAUCAUUUGAAGGCUGGAAUUGAAGAUGUAUGUGGGCAAUGGAGCCACUACCAAGUGAGAGACAAGUUUAAGAAGUUUGACCACAGAUACUUACGGAAAAUUCUAAUUCGAAGAAACCUUCCAAAAUCAAGCAUUGUUUCUUUGUAUAAGAAGCUGGAAAUGAAACAAGCCAUUGAGAUGGUAGAGACUGGGGCACUAACUUCUGUCUCUUUUUCCACACCUCACCAGGCUAAGAGCGUACAGGGAAUCAAACGCCUUUCUCCUGAGGAUGUGGAGUCCAUGCGGGACAUCCUGACACGCAACAUGUACCAAGUUCGACAAAGAACCUUGUCCUACAACAAAUACAACCUCAAACCUCAAACAAGCGAGAAGCAGGCCAAAGAGAUUCUGAUCCGCCGCCAGAACACCUUGAGGGAGAGCAUGCGGAAAGGCCACAGUCUGCCUUGGGGAAAGUCGGCUGGCACCAAGAACGUUCGCUACCUCUCCUUCCCCUACAAAAACCCUCAGCCAGCGAAGAGAGAGGCAAAUGCUGCUGAGUGCACAGAUGAUGAUGACAGCGAUCCAGGAUUCCAACCCUUGAUGUUCAGUGCACACACCCGUGCAGGGUCGCUUCAGGAAAGACGACUGACACAGGAAAUGAUCCCGAUGAAGCGCCUCCAUAGAGGAGAGAAGGCAUACAAUCUCAGUUAUCAAACCAACACCAGCUGGGAAGAACGUGCUGGCUGGGGUGGGAGGCCUGCCAUUUGGCCCAAGCCACUGUUCUAUGCUGUAGAUGAAGAAUAUGAAUCUGGAGGGCAGACAGAGGAGGAGACCUCAGCAACUGUGUCCAGAUGGACAGCUGAGCACAGAGACAGCAGAAAGUACAAGUCCCACAGUCUUUUGCUGCAAAGAAAGUAGUUUAUUGUCAUUAGACUGCUGGUGGGUCUUUCCAGAGCCCCUCUCCCUAGUAUUGUGAAAGAAGGAUUUUCACAGUUCAGAAUAGAGCUGUUGAGUUUGCAUUUACUGUUGGGCACAUAUGUGUAAAAGCAACAAACUUGAAGGCUAAGCCACAUUCUUGUCAGUGUGUCUUUGUAGAUGAAUUCCCUGUGAAUGACAGAAAUUAAUCAGUCCAGGAAUGAGUCACUAAGAAUUCCCAAGAAUUUCCUACCACAACCAUCUGAUCCAUGUCGUAUGUUGGGAAAUAAGAGUGCUUGGUCAGUAAUUCCCACUGGUUACAUGUAUGUGCAACCUAUAAUCAAAUUUGAACUGGGAGGGAGCAGGGUCUUUGAUGUUACCUGGGUCAACCCCUUAGCUUUACAGAAUAAGAUCUUUCAAACAUCCCAUGUUGAGUUGGCCCACCUACGAUUGAAUGAAUUUGGCUUUGAUUUUAAUAUCAACAUACAUCUCAAAUUAUAGGUAAA